CUACCCUUCCGGCCCGGCGUUCUGGCCGCUGCUGCUACGUUCCGCCCAGCGCCGGCUUUCGGCGCCACGGUCCCGGUGUUCCAUCGUCUUGCAGGCCUUGCGGCGCGCAAGCCUGCAAUGUCGGGCCCCAACGGGGACCUAGGCAUGCCGGUGGAGCCGGGUGCGGAAGGCGAGGAUGACGGCUUCGGGGAAGCAGAAUAUGCUGCCAUCAACUCCAUGUUGGACCAAAUCAACUCUUGCCUGGACCACCUGGAGGAAAAGAAUGACCACCUCCACGCCCGCCUACAGGAGCUGCUCGAGUCCAAUCGGCAAACACGCCUCGAGUUCCAGCAGCAGCUUGGGGAUGCCUCCAGUGAUGCUACCCACUAGGCUCUGGGAGAGCCCAGCCAGGCCCCAACUCUGCCUCCCCUGGCCAGGCUCUGGCCUGGGCACUCACCACCUGGCUUAGGUACCUUCUCAAGGGCUCACUUGUGGGUCCCCUGGUGGGUCUGCCUGUCUGGGCCACCCUCUUGGCACUCCCCUUUGCCUGCCUAAGCCAGCCCCCACUGCCCAAUGUCCCCUCCUGGAGCCAGGUUAUGGGCUUGUGACCCACACACAUUGCCUGUCUGCCCAGCUCUUGAGUACUCCUCACUGUACCCAGGCCUUGAGUAUCCACAUUAAACGGGUCUCUCUAACACCA